AUGGCAGACAACGGAAUACAACAACCCUCACAAGCCGAACUACUGGCCAUGAUCGCGAAACUUCAUAAUGAAGUCCGAAAAAUAGCAGAGCAGUCAUCCAAGAGUCCAGGUGGGAACAGCUCUCAUGCUCGAGAAGCCGAGCCAUUGGAGAUUACCCCACCAAAGGAGAAGCUCACACUUGACAACCCUUUCUCGGAGGGGGGUGCCUCUGAUCCUAUACUCUGUCGUUCUUUUCCAACUUAUUUAGAUGGUACUGCUUUACUUUGGUUUUCGAAGAUUCCUGCAAGUUCCAUCUCUAGCUUCGAGGAUUUGGCGAGGUCUUUUAUUGAGUAUUUUGCAGCUUUGAGAAUAUAUGUCCAGGGGUCGGAUUACCUCAGCACCAUCAAGCAAGGCCAGCAUGAAAGUUUAAAGGAUUAUAUGACCAGGUUCGCCAAGGCAACCGUAGAAAUACCCGACCUCGACCCCAAGGUGUCUAGCAACAGAACAGCAACAAUACACUCCGACCAAACAGAAGCUCGACGAUGUUAUAAUGAAAGCCUAAAGAACAAAUCAGAAAAUAACUCAAAAAUUGAGCUUCCAAAAGAAACCUACCAGGUGGCAAAUAUCUCAGGAACGGCCGACCUGGACCCCAGGGAAGACAUGCAAAACAGGCCCUCACCAACAGAUGACCUGGAGAAGGUUAUGCCUUUCGGCCUUAAGAAUGCAAGUGCUAUUUACCAACGCCUCAUGGAUAAAGUCUUCAGAAAGCAAUUCGGAAGAAACUUGGAGGUUUACGUCGAUGAUAUGGUGGUAAAAAUAAAACAACCACAAGACCAUGAAGACAACCUCGAAGAAAUAUUCGAACAAGUCAGGAAACAUAACAUGCGACUCAACCCCGGAAAGUGCGCAUUCGGCGUAACUGGCGAUAAGUUCCUCGACUUUAUGCUGACAUCUAGAGGCGUAAAGGCAAAUCCAAAAAAGUGCAAGGCAAUAAUAUAG